GUAUUGACCCGGAUAAGGUGAGAGUAGUUCCGGGGUAAUAUCGCUGUCAACGCUGGACCAAUGUUUUGAGAGAGUUACACAAACAAGUAGUCUUGACAUUAACUGACUUAAGAAACUAUGCCCGGUGCUGACAAAGAAACAGACCUUUCGGAACGCGUAGAAGCCUUCCUAGCUGAGCUGAAACGUGGCGGAAGUGGGGCAGGACCACUCCGUGGUGCUGGAGAGACAGCCAGAGAAACCACAGCCCUGUUACGGAGGAUCACAGCUCAGGCACGAUGGAGCAGCGCUGGGGAUCUGAUGGAGAUCAUACGCAAGGAGGGGAGACGGAUGACCGCUGCUCAGCCAUCCGAGACCACGGUGGGCAAUAUGGUACGCAGAGUGUUGAAGAUCAUUCGAGAAGAGUACGCCAGGUUGCGAGGGAGUAGCGAAGAGACUGACCAGCAGGAUUCUCUUCACAAACUUCUGACAUCUGGAGGACUGAGCGAUGAUAACUUCAGAGAACACUACUCGUCACUUAAAGCUAACGUGAUAGAGGCAAUUAAUGAGCUCCUCACAGAAUUGGAGGGAACCACAGACAAUAUUGCCAUGCAAGCUUUGGAGCACAUCCAUUCUAAUGAGGUCAUCAUGACUAUCGGACGUUCGCGCACCGUAGAGGCCUUCUUGAAAGAUGCAGCAAGAAAGCGUAAAUUCCAUGUCAUUGUGGCUGAGUGUGCUCCCUUCUGUCAGGGCCAUGAGAUGGCUACCAGCCUCUCGAAAGCUGACAUUGAAACAACAGUCAUUGCUGAUGCUGCCAUAUUUGCUGUAAUGUCUCGGGUUAAUAAGGUCAUCAUUGGCACACAUACUGUGCUGGCAAAUGGAGGACUGCGAGCUGUUAAUGGGACUCACACACUGGCAUUGGCUGCCAAGCACCACUCGACUCCACUCAUAGUGUGUGCUCCGAUGUUCAAGCUAUCGCCACAGUUCCCUAAUGAGGAGGACACCUUCCACAAGUUUGUGUCACCACAGGAAGUGCUUCCUUUCACUGAAGGUGAGAUUCUCUCCAAGGUGAACGUAUACUGUCCUGUGUUUGACUACGUUCCCCCGGAGCUCAUCACGCUCUUCAUCUCCAACAUCGGUGGAAACGCUCCCUCAUACAUUUACCGCUUAGUGAGUGAGCUGUACCACCCUGAGGACCAUGAAUUGUAAGACGUGUAAAUAAAAAGUCAGCACAUCUAA